CCCCUAGGAUGUGCCAUACACCUUCAAAACCCUCCUCUGCAGAGGAGGCCAAAAGGGGCUACCCAGGAUCUCAACACGGCAAGAAAGUGUCUCGUCCAGCUGAGAAGAUAGCAACUCUGGUACCCAGCAAAAAUGUCCGACAAAACUCCUUUCGAAACGGAUAUGCUGACGCUCACGCGAUUUGUUAUGGAGAAGGGACGCCGCGUUAAAGGAGCGACAGGGGAGCUGACACAGCUGCUCAACUCCAUGCUGACUGCUAUAAAGGCCAUUUCCUCUGCAGUCAGAAAGGCAGGCCUUGCCCACAUGUUUGGUAUAGCUGGCACUGUGAACGUGACCGGUGAUGAAGUGAAGAAGCUGGACGUAUUAUCCAACCACCUGGUGAUUAAUAUGCUCCAGUCCUCCUAUAGCACCUGUGUCCUGGUCACGGAGGAGAACAAGGAGGCCAUCAUCGUCCCGAAAGACAAGCGGGGUAAAUAUGUGGUGUGCUUUGACCCCCUUGAUGGCUCAUCCAAUAUAGACUGCUUGGCACCGAUAGGAACAAUAUUUGCUAUCUACAAAAAGGAAACAGACGACGAGCCCUCUGAAAAAGAUGCUUUGCAGCCCGGACGCAAUAUUGUUGCUGCAGGCUAUGCCUUGUAUGGCAGUGCUACACUGGUCGCCCUCUCCACAGGGCAAGGAGUGGACUGCUUCAUGCUAGAUCCGGGGCUCGGUGAAUUUAUUUUGGUGGACAAAGAUGUUAAAAUCAAGAAGAAAGGGAAGAUUUACAGUCUCAAUGAAGGUUAUGCAAAGUAUUUUGAUCCUGCAAUGACAGAAUAUUUACAAAAGAAGAAAUUCCCUGAGGAUGGCAGUUCCCCAUAUGGUGCCAGGUACGUGGGCUCCAUGGUAGCUGAUGUUCACCGUACAUUGAUGUAUGGUGGGAUCUUCAUGUAUCCUGCUAAUCAGAAGAGUCCUAAAGGAAAGCUCCGACUUCUCUACGAGUGCAACCCUAUGGCUUUCAUCAUUGAGCAGGCAGGUGGGAUAGCGACUACAGGGACUGAGGCGGUGUUGGAUGUGAAACCUGAGAGUAUUCACCAGAGAGUCCCUCUUAUACUCGGUUCUCCAGAUGAUGUGCAGGAAUACCUCGCUUGCGUACAGAAACACCAGAAGAGCAGCUAAAGGCUCUUCCACAUCAGACCUUGUGCAUCCAUCUUCAGUCUACAGGAAAA